CCGAUGCCUUGACCCGCCCUACUGUCCAUACCGCCGCGAUACUAAUCGCCCAGUCAAACCCAUUACUUACAGGACUAUUCACCCACGGCUACAAGAUCGAUCCCUUUUUCCGCUCCGCUAUCCAUCAACAACAUACCACCGCUACUGGCCCGUAUUUUCAUAAACGCGGUACCUCUCGCAUCUGGGUACUCGGCUACGAUUUACUUCGUACCCUGCUCAUCCAGGAAUCCCAUGACAACCCUACCUCAGGACAUUUCGGCGUGGAUAAAACCACGAAGAUGCUGCAGCGGAAUUAUUAUUGGCCGAACAUGGCCGAUGACGUGCGCAAGUACGGGUCCUCCUGCACCGCCUGGCAGAUUAUGAAAUCGUCGCAUCAGCGAGCAGCCGGACUACUACAGCCGUUGGAUCCGCCUGAGCGACCCUGGCAACACGUCAUGAUGGACUACGUGACAGGACUGCCGGCCGGUCCCAGCGGAAACGACGCCAUCCUCGUGGUCGUUGACCGCCUCACAAAAAUGGCGCACUUCAUCGCCUGCCAACAGACCAUCACCGCCGAACAAACCGCGAACGUCAUCCGCCUGCACGGACUGCCCUCCGCCAUCAUUUCAGACCGAGACCCAAAAUUCACAUCGAAUUUCUGGCGCCACUUGUGGGACCAAUUUGGCACCAAACUCCAAUUUUCAUCCGCCUACCACCCACAAACCGACGGGCAGACCGAACGCGUUAACCAAACCAUGGAGCAGCUCAUUCGCACCACCUGUACUGACCCAUCGACAUGGGAGAAAUCUCUUCCGCUCCUAGAAUUCACGUAUAAUAACGCGACCUCAGCCACAACCGAUCAAUCCCCAUUCUUCCUCAACUACGGAAAGGAUCCGGUAGUACCCUCUAACCCGAACAUCGAGUCACCAGUGCCCCUGUCCCAGAAAUUUGCUGAAGACAUUCUCGCCACUCGCGACAAAGCAGCUGAGGCCAUUCGGAAAGCUAACCUGGUCGCAAGCCGACAAGCCGAUCGACAUCGACGCGACGUCACUUACAAAGUGGGAGAUCUUGUCCUCCUCGACACUCGCAAUUUGCGGCUGCCGAUCCCAAGAAAACUCCGACCCAGAUUCUGCGGACCUUUUCAAGUGACCAACCUCGUGACACCUGUCACUGUCCACCUUCAGCUACCGGCUGAUUGGCGCCAUCACCCGGCUUUCCACGUCAGUCUUCUCCGACCCUACGUCCCGAGUUCGUCGGACUUGGCACGCAACCGGUUUAGCCCGUUCAGUUGGUCGUUUCCUCGCAGCGUCGCUUGCCUUACAUACACCUCAUCUCCGGUUCCUCUCCGACCCGCUUGUUCGAGUGAGUUGCUUAGCCAUUUUCGUACAGCCAUUGCGAUGGCUCCAGAGGAGGAUCAACGGCCGGUAAAGGAGGAUAAAGUCGUGGCCGAAGCGCGAGAAGCAGAGGAGAUUAAAGCGGAAGCGGGCAAUGGGGCAUCGGAGGAAGAGCAGGGCGACGACGGAAGCGAGGACUUCAACAAACUGAUUCCGUCGGGCGAUUCUGACUCCGAUUCGUCAGAGUCGGAGGCGAGUGAAGGGGAGGGAGAAAGCGACGACGACGAGGAGGAGGCGGAGGAGGAGGGGGAGGGGGGUAAGGGCGAGAAGGGAGCUGGCGAGGGUCAGCGGAAAGAAGGAGGUGGUUCGGGGCUGAAAUCCGCGUCGCAUGCGGCGGGUUUGGUGGCGAAAGAAGCGGCGCGGUUGGCGCGCGAGCAGAAGCGCGCGGCGGCGGCGGCGGAACGGAAGGAGCGGAGGGCGAUGAAGGAUCUGCUGCGGCGGCCGUGGGGGAACUUCCGCCUGCAGGGGGAGGCGGGGGAAGCUGGCGGAGGAGGUGGCGGAGAGGAUGGGGGGAAAGACGAGGAGGUGCAGGGGAGCGAUGAUGAGGAGGAGGAGGAGGGGGAGGAGGGGGAGGAGGGGGAGGGUUUAGGAGGUGAGGGGGAUGACGAGGAGGACGAGGAGGACGAGGAAGAUGAGGAGGGAGAGGAGGAGGAGGAGGAGGGGGAGGAGGGGGAGGAGGGGGAGGAGAGCGAAGAGGAGGGGGAAAGGGAGGGAGCGGAGGAGGAGGAGGAGGAGGAGGAGGAGCGAUUGGGGCGAGAGGGCGAUGGGGCGGGUCACGCGGCGGAGGAGAGCGACUCCUCGGAAGACGAGCGCCCCUCCCGCAACACGGUGGGCAGCGUGCCUUUGGAGUGGUACAAGGAGGAGGGGCACAUAGGCUACGACAGGGAGGGAAAGCGCAUUAUGAAGCAGAAAGCGAGGGCUUCGAAGGGCGAUAAGCUCGACGCGUUCCUCGCACACUCAGAUGACCCCAAUGCCUGGAAGGUGGUGUACGACGAGUACAACGACGAGGAGAUCCGGUUGACAGAGGAGGAUAUCGACAUGAUUCGCCGGAUAAGAGAGGGGCGCACGCCACAUGCCAACGUCAACCCGUAUGAGCCGUACCUGGACUGGUUCGACUGGGACGAGAAGUGGGACCCCCUCAACGCCCAGCCGGAGCCAAAGAGGCGAUUCACGCCCUCCAAGCACGAGGCCAGACAGAUCGUGAAGCUGGUGCGGGGGCUGCGGAAAGGAACGGUGAAGACACUAGCACAGAGGGAGAAGGAGCGGCAGCAGAAGGAGAGCGAGAAGGAGCAGCAGCCGGUGUACCUGCUGUGGGGGGACGACCUCAAGGCCAUUGCCUCGCAGUCCGAUAAGACCAAGAACGUCAACGGACUCAGCUUCGUGGCCGCGCCCAAGCCCAAGCUGCCAGGGCACGAGGAGUCGUACAACCCCCCGGUGGAGUACAUCCCCACGGAGGAGGAGGUGGCAGAGAAGAUGAUGCAGGCGGAGUACGAGGGCACCUCCGACUCCCUCUUCGUGCCCAAGCAGCACACGUCCCUGCGCUCCGUGCCCGCCUACCCUCGCUUUAUUCGGGAACGAUUCGAGCGAUGCUUGGACCUGUACCUGUGCCCGCGCGUCAAGAAGAACAGGAUCAUGAUAGACCCCGAUGCUCUCCUACCCAAGCUCCCCAAGAGGAAGGAUCUGCGUCCCUUCCCGCACUCCCUCUCGCUGCGCUUCCUGGGCCAUCGCGCCACCGUGCGCUCGCUCUCUCUCCAUCCCUCAGGGCAGUGGCUCGCCUCAGGCAGCGACGACGGCACCGUGCGCAUGUGGGAGGUGGACACCACGCGGUGCCGGCGGGUCAUCCACCUACCAACGGCAGUGAAACACGUGUCAUGGAGCCCUGCUGCCAACCGCCCCAUCCUCGCCAUCACCUCGGGCACGGAUGUGGUGUUGCUGCCAGGGGAGGGCGGUACAGAGGAGGAGGAGAGGGCAGUGGAUCGACUAUUAGAGGCGAAGGACGGGUGGAAAGAAGAAGCGGCAGCAGGGGUGGGUGUGACGUGGAGUGCGUACCGCGGGGAGGGAGGCAAGCUCAAGGGGCUGAGACUGAGGCACCAGGAGCAAGUCUCGAGUGUGACGUGGCAUCGCAAGGCAGACUAUUUCGCCUCCGUCUCUCCAAAUGGUGGCAGCAGGGCAGUGGUCAUUCAUCAGCUCACCCGCCGCGCCUCGCAGUGCCCAUUCAAGCGAGCAGCAGCAGGCGGCGACCGUCGCAUCGCAGCACUGGCCUUCCACCCUUCCAAGCCCAUCCUCUUUGUGUCCUCUCGCACGCUCGUGCGCUCCUACCACUUGCUGCGCCUCUGCUUGCUGCGCAAGUACAUGCCCAACAUCAAGCAGAUCUCAUCCCUCACAAUCCAUCCCUCGGGCGACCAUCUGUUGGUGGGGGGAGACGAGGGCAAGGUGGCAUGGAUAGACAUGGACCUCUCCACCCGCCCCUACCGCGUCUUGAGGAGCCAUGGAGGCAUGGACGUGCGCAGCGUGGCUUUUCACCCCACAUACCCUCUCUUCGCCAGUGCAGCGGAGGACGGCUCCGCCUUUGUGUUCCAUGGGAUGGUGUUUGCCGACCUCCUCCAGAACCCCCUCAUCGUGCCGCUCAAGAUCCUCCGCGCGCCGCCGCCCCCGCCGUCCCCUUCGUCCUCAUCCUCCAAGAGCCUGUUCGCCUGUGCCUUCCACCCCUCCCAACCGUGGCUCUUCACGGCAGGCGCUGACUCCUCAAUCACUCUCUUCACCCACUGAUGUGUGCCAUGAUGCAGUAUAAGCACCGGUCUUUCACACGUCAUAGCACAUCCUGAAAGAUUGGUGCCAUUAUGCACUAGAAGCACCGUUAUUUAGGAAAUCACAGGUUCAAUGAAAACCCUCAGCAAUCUGCAACAUCUGGAAACGCCUGCUGUGGUUGUAUAAUCUGUUACCCUGAUGUUGUUCUUCUUCCUACUACUCUCUUUGGCUCCUUACUGGCAUGAGCACAUGGAGGGUGGUGAUGCUGGAACACCAGGUGGACUACUAAACCAAGCUUGAUAUG